AUGAGGAGAGGAGUUUCAAAUCCAAAGAAGUCAUAAUCAUCUAAUACUUUAGAAAGCGAAGUCAAGAAAAAUGAAGACAAAUUAUUGCAGUUAAAGUAAGCUAUGAAUAAAGAGAAGACUAAAAGAGAGGAGAACAUGAGAACAAGUGGAUCUAGAUGGAAAACAUCAACCACUGAUUAGCCAAUAAAAAAUUAUGCAAAUUAGGUUCUUGAUAAAAAAAAUUUAAAUUUGACAUAGUAAUCUUCAAAUACUUCAUCUAGCACUAGCAAGCCAGUUAUAAAACCCCCAACAUUGAAGAUAGGCAAUUAUACAAAACCAGAGACUAAUUAGGUUUAAAGCAAAAUUUUAAAACGUCCAUCUAACUUACCAAAUUCAAGACCAAGUUCAAAUUAAAGCUCACGUUCUGCUUUAAAUACUUCCUUAAAUGGAAAGGAAAAGGAAAAAGGAAAAGAAAACGAAAAUAAUUUAAAUUCUUCUUUUAGAAAAACUUUAAAUUAAAGUUUCGAUAAUUCAGUUUAGCAAUAAGCUUCAUCUUCCAUGACUUCAUUCACUUAGUAGACUGAUACUAAAGAAGAUAAAGAAGAAAUUUAAACUGAUAAAAACAAUUCUGAAUACGAUUUUCUGGUAUAAAACCCAAAUAGAAAGCCAAGAAAAGUAAUAGAAACUAAGCUAAAUGAGUUGUCUUAAAACACUACUCAAGAACUUCAGAAGGAAGUUCAUUAAUUUCUUUCUACUGUAAACUUGCUGUAAUAUCAACAAGCUUUUGAAGAUAAUGGUUUUGAUGACCUCGAAACUAUUUUAGAAAUAAAUACCGAGAUAAUGAACUCAAUGAAGAUUCCAGCUGGCCAUUAAAUUAAGAUAUAAAAGAGAAUAGAGGUGUUGAAGGAAGAAUAAAAAUAAUUCGAUGAAUUACACUUAAAAAAAGAAAUGAAAGAUUAAUAAGGAGAAAGUUCCAAAGUUAAAAAUAUUGUUUUGUACCCAAGAGUAUAGAGAACAGAUUUAGAGGAAUUAGAGCCUCCAACAGAAGAGCAAGAUUAAUACGACUCGAAUUAUAGAAUAUCUUCAUCAACUGCAACAACAAAUUCAUAAAAUGAAUCAAAGGGAGGAGAGCUUCUAAAUGGUAAUUUUAAUGAAGAAGAAUCUCACAAAUCUUUUUUAGAAGCAUUAAUGGAGUUUAGAGGCUAAGGAAAGAAAAAUGUGAUUGAAAACAAUUUAGAAAACGAAAGGGCUAAUCUUUCAACAGCAGAUAGAAAAAAAUCUGUUAGAUUUGCAGAGAAUGUUGUCAAUAAUGAAAGAGAUCAUCCAGUUAAAUUGCUAAGAAGGAAUAAAAGCACAGAAGAUGAGGAUGGAACAAUAAGAGGAUUUGCAAAAAAUUCAUAUCAACCUCCAAUAGAUUUAGAGAUAGUAGAUAAAUAAGAUAAAGAAAAAGCUCCAACUCAAAAAACUCCUUUCUUUUAUUCCUCAGGUGGAGAUAGCUGGUCUAACGAAGGUUUCCCUUAUCAGACAGAUGCUUAAAUAGAAACAGAUCCAAAGACUGACCCUAGCUAUGGUAGGAAGCCUAAGAGAGAUAUUGAUAAAAUUUCUUGUUAUAAUUGUUAUAAAUUAGUACCCUUAGGUGAAGAAAAAACAUUUAAUAUUAAAAAUUUUUGUUCUACCAAUUGCUUAUCAGUAUACAAAGGCUCAAGCUAUAUAACUUGCUUGUGUGGCAAAUAAGAAUUAAAAGAAAAAGCAACAUUCGCUAAGGCUAGUUGGUUUUGCAGCGAAGUAUGUGCAUUAGAAUUAAAAGACAAACCAUAAAGCAAAAACCUAAAAAUAGACAAAAAUAGUAAAAUAGAUGAAGAUGAUGAUAAUAAUUAUUAAGAUUAUGAUGAAGGAGAGAUAGAUUUAGAUUUUGGCGAUAAUAAUAAUGGACCAAAAUCAUAAAAGGUUUUAACUUUGUAGUAACUUGAAGAGAAGUAUAAAAAUUAAAAAGAUCGCUCUCCUCCAAAAAAAUAAACAAAAACAAAGUAAAAAUGA